AUGAAAGUAGAUGCAGGUAUUGGUAAUCAGUUGGACAAGAUCCCUGAUACGGUGAGAAAGAUGGAGGCGGCAGGUUACGACGGCGUGCGCACAGCGGAGAUGAACCACGAUCCCUUCUUCCCGCUGUUACUUGCGGCUGAACACAGCAACAAGCUCGAGUUGGCAACGUCUAUCGCUGUUGCGUUUGCGCGUAGCCCGAUGAACCUGGCCAAUAUUGGCCAUGAUCUGAAUGCCUACUCAAAAGGUCGCUUUACCCUGGGUUUGGGUUCGCAGAUCAAGCCACACAUCACCAAACGUUUUUCCAUGCAGUGGGGUGCACCCGCAGCACAAAUGCGUGAGUUGGUGCUGGCCAUGCGAGCCAUCUGGUCCAACUGGUACGAAGGUGAUCCGUUAGAGUUUGUAGGUAAGUACUAUCAGCAUACCCUUAUGACACCUGCGUUUACGCCGGAAGAUAAGAACUAUGGCGCGCCGCGUGUCAUUCUGGCUGCGGUUGGUCCAAAAAUGACUGAGGUUGCGGGUGAGGCUGAAUUUGCGGCAAGCAAAAAAGCAGCGCAGGAGCGUAUUGCCUUUUACGGUUCUACACCCGCUUAUAAAGGCGUGCUGGAGUCUAUUGGUUGUGGUGAACUUCAGGGUGAGCUGAACGCAAUGUCUAAACAGGGUCGUUGGAAAGAAAUGGGCACCCUGAUUACUGACGACAUGCUUAACGAAUUUGGCGUGGUAGGUGAACCGAAAGAUAUCGCGCCGCAAAUGCUGUCUCGUUAUGGCAGUUUUGUUGACCGAACCAGCGCGUCUUUCCCCGUGUCUGAUGAAGAGCAGCGCGCAGGCAUUAUUCAGGGCAGUCGGUUCGAGACCGUCUGCCACCUCCUGAAGUCCUUUAUGAUGGUGCUCCUACGUAAGCUGAAGUGGACACGGAUCACAUUUGAUCAAGAUGUCCCGGUGCAAAGACACCAACGCCGCACGAAAGGCUAUGAGCGCAUUGCGUUUGCUACACCAGCUGCAACCAGCCGGUUAAUCAGACAGAACGAAGUGGCUCAUUUCGGCAAUCGCGUGAGUGAUGCUUUUGGCAUUCAGGACAGCGUUGCUAACGAGUUUGCUGAUUGGAUCCUUGAGGCUUCAGAGCGGCAGGGCAUCAAGCCUGAACUGUUGGCAAGCCUUGUUGUUACAGAAAGCUCCUUUCGCAAAACUGCGCAAUCCCAUGUAGGUGCCAUUGGUCCUGCUCAGGUCAGACCUGAAUACUGGGGUGAAUUCUGCGGUGCUCGUGGCCAGCUUCACGACCCCGAACAGAAUGUUUACUGUGGCGCGCAGAUCCUCUCUCAUAUGCUCGAUCGUUGCGACGGAGACAUGAACUGCGCGUUGGCUGCUUACAACGUGGGGCCUUACGCUCGUGAUCAUCGCAAUGAGGGGCAUGUGAUGACACAGUUUGGUUUGUUGAUGUUUCCGGCGGACUACGCCGUUCGCCCUGAUACGCUGGCUCGGGAAGCAGAAGCAUUUGGCUUUGAGUCACUUUUUUUCCCUGAGCACACCCACAUACCAACCAGUCGGCGCUCUCCGUGGCCUGGCGGCGCAGAGCUGCCAAAAGAGUAUUGGCACACCCACGACCCUUUUGUCGCUCUGAGCGCAGCAGCAAGCGUCACACACAACUUGAAGGUAGGUACCGGUAUUGCCCUGGUCACCGAGCGGGAUCCGAUUCUGAUGGCCAAACAGGCGGCCUCACUGGAUCAUCUCAGCAACGGACGCCUGUUGCUUGGCGUUGGAGCAGGAUGGAACGCGGAGGAGAUGGCCAAUCACGGUACCGAGUUCUCCGAUCGCUGGAAAAUACUGCGCGAAAGAGUUCUGGCCAUGCAGCAGAUCUGGACUCAGGAAGAAGCUGAGUUUCACGGCAAAUUUGUUGAUUUUGAAAAGCUCUGGUCGUAUCCCAAGCCUGUGCAGGCGGGUGGGCCGCCCAUUUUACUGGGUGCCUCAACCAAGUAUGUGUAUAAACGCAUUGCUGAAUAUGGUCAUGGCUGGUUCCCGAUCUAUCAGAAUCCUGCGCGAGCUUCCGCCAGUGGUGCCGUGGACUACAAGGCGGGCAUAGAGCAGACCAGGGCAGCGUGGUCAGAGGCAAAACGAAGUGGUGAACCAGAUUUCAGUAUUUUUGGCGUAGGCCCCGAUGUCGCGGCCAUUGAAGGUCUGAUUGAAGAUGGUUUUAACCGCGUCAUUUUCGGCUUACCGCCUGCAGAUGCCGAUACGGUACUGCCGUUGGUGGAACAGUACGCUGCAAUCGCACAUCAGUUCAACAGCUGA